AUGAUAGAGCUCAAGGCAGAGGCUGUGAGCCCUAACGGGCUCUACUUGAACAGCUCAAUAUUGUCCCUCCACAUUGUCGCUGUUCUUGAAACCGAAAUGCCUUUCGAUGAUUCUCAAGCCGCUUUGUUGAUCAAAUCCGUGUUCCUCCCAAUCAACCCUCGUUUCUCCUCCAUUAUGGUCACGGGUCCAAACGGAGAAAAGCAAUGGAAGGGAGUGGAAGUGAACUUGAGGAAGCACAUCCACACUCCAAUAUUCCCAGGAGGAGAAUCCCCUGAAUUUUACGACGAAUGUUUGGCCGACUACCUCUCCGAGCUAUCGGCGGAGGAGCUGCCGUCGAGCCAGCCGCUAUGGGAGAUCCACAUCGUCAAGUACCCAACAGUCACCGCCGCCGGCAGCAUAGUUUUCAAGCUCCACCACGCGCUCGGCGACGGCUACUCCCUCAUGGGCGCCCUUCUCUCUUGCCUUGAGCGAGCCGACGACCCUUCUCUUCCCCUGACUUUCCCAGCUCUCUGCUCCCUGGACGCCAAGGACAACAGCGUCGCCGGCUGCAUCGAUGUACUAAUGAACGGCGCCGUCCUGGGGGUGAAGAGAGCAGGCAAAGUUUUCUCUGCCGCCUGUAAUAAAAUGUCGGAUUUCUGUUUCAGCUUGAUCAUGAGCACCCUGGUCGAGGACGACGUCUCGCCGCUUCGAUCUGGGAGCUCCCAGGUGGCCACGGAGUUUCGGCCCGUUUCCAUAGCCGGAACCGCGUUCUCCCUUGAUCAGAUCAGGGAAAUCAAGUCCAGGAUCGGAGCGACGAUAAACGAUGUGAUUACAGGAGUAAUCUUCCUAGGAGCUCGGCUGUACAUGGAAGAGAUGGAAGCAGGAUCAGGGGACGCAAGUGCCACGGCAUUGGUGCUGUUGAACACCAGGAUGGUGGGAGGUUACACAUCGAUUCAGGAGAUGGCAAAACCUGACAGGAAUUCCACCUGGGGGAACCGCUUCGCUUUCUUGCACGUUCCCAUUCCCAAGCUGCAGGGGAACCAAGAUCAAGAUCCGCUUCAGUUCAUCAGAAAGGCCAGGAGAAUCAUCCUGAAGAGGCGCAACUCGCUGGCGGUCUACCUCACUGGUAAAACCCUGGACCUCAUCAGGAAAACCAGGGGUCCAGAGGCGGCAGCAGGGUACGUAUCGAGGACGAUCAGGAGCGCGAGCUUGGUGAUUUCCAAUGUGAUUGGCCCCAUGGAGAAGGUCUCCGUCGCGAAGCAGCCCGUGAAAGGGAUGUACUUUUUUGUGACAGGCAAGCCUCAGAGUCUUGGAGCAUCAGUGGUGAGCUAUAUGGGGAACCUGAGAGUAACUGUGGGAGCAGAGAAAGGCAUUGUAGACACCAACAAGUUGAUUUCUUGUAUUGAAACUGCAUUCGAGAUAAUACUCCACUCUUCCCCCACCUAAAAAUGGUACUAUUUAGGAUUCGGUCGUGGUGGCUUCUGAAGAC